AGCGGUUAGAAGCGGGAAUGCUGGAUCCUCCCUUUGUCCCUGAUCCCAGAGCAGUAUACUGCAAGGAUGUGUUAGACAUCGAGCAGUUCUCCACAGUGAAAGGAGUUAACCUGGACCAAACAGAUGAUGAUUUCUAUUCCAAGUUUUCCACAGGAUCAGUGUCUAUUCCAUGGCAAAAUGAGAUGAUAGAAACAGAAUGUUUCAAAGAACUGAAUGUAUUUGGACCAAAUGGUACUAUUUCACCAGACCUAAACAAAAGUUACCCUCCAGAGCCACCCAAGAAAGGAUUGCUACAGAGAAUAUUUAAACGACAGCAUCAGAACAAUUCAAAGAGUUCUCCGAAUUCAAAGGCCAGUUUAAAUCACCACAUAAAUUCAAAUCACGUAAGUUCAAACUCCACUGGAAGCAGCUAGUUCCAACUCAGUUUUAUGAAAAAACAUGUUGCAUCCUUCCACUAAAAUCUAUGGAGCUUCUAUGGAUGAGAGAGCCUCCACCGUUGAGUGAAAAAAACAAAGGAUCUCCCAAAAAUGGAGAUUUUCUAUCCAUUCCUUCCAGUGGAGCCUCGCAUUUUAAGAAGAAUUUUCCACUCAGGUCUGUUUUUGGAGGUGGCACUCAAGACUGUGUGAAUCAAAUUUGUCUAUUUAGAACAUUGCAAUAGAAAUUCAAUGAACAUGACUACUUGCACGUAUUUAAAUAGCAUCAUACUAGAACUGAAUUUUGUCUUUAUUAUUUUUAAAGAAAAGUUUUGUAAAUUUCUCUAUUGUCUCAGUUUACAUUUUGUACAUUUGUAUUUAAAUGAAAGUCAGACUUUGGAGGUGUAUAUUUUCCAAGCAGCAGCUGUAAAGCCAUGUGUUUUAAGACAUUUUUUUAAAACAAAAAAAAAAUGUGACUCAAGACUUCCAGAGCCUCAAACGAGA